AAGUGAAAGCAUCAGGCGUCCAGCAUGAAGCUAGCCGCUGCGGUGGUUUCCCCUCCGGAGAGCCGCUCGGCUUGAUUCCCCUUCCAGUCCUGGGGGAAGGUUUUAAUCCACCGGCGGAGGGGGAGACGGAACGGGACCUUCUUUAGGACUGUGAAACAGACUGCAGCCAUGGGUCCAGACAACACACCAUCUGAAUCUGAAUCUUCAGAGGAAAGUGUUGGAGCUGUGGAGGUGAACGUAGAACUGGAGUCUGAUUCCAGUGAUGUUUCGUCCACUUCUGACCAGGAGAGCUCCAAACAGCUGAAAAGUAAAAAAACGGACAAGCGUUUCCCUUGCCCCACCUGCGGUAAGGUGUUCGACCGGCCAUCCAGGGUGGAGAGACACAAACCUGUCCACGAAAAGAAGCCAAAGUCACUUUAUCAGUGUCAACAUUGUGAGAAAAGCUUCACCCAGGAGGACAAGAUGAUUCGACACCAGAACACCCACAACAGGACCAACAAGCAUCCCUGCCCUGACUGUGGGAAAGUGUUCAACAGGCCUUCCCGGCUAGCGAGGCAUAAACGCACACAUUUGAGGAAGCCGAAGGUUCCUCAUCAUUGUUCGUUUUGUAUGAAGCCAUUCAAUAAACUUCACAAACUCCUGCGGCAUGAGCGCGUUCACACCGGGGAGAGACCCUUUACCUGCCCCGUCUGCGGAAAGGGAUUCUCCGAGGCGGGUCACUGCAAAGAGCACGAGAAGACGCACGAGGAACAGCCGGAAAAGCCUCACCGCUGUGUCGACUGCGGGAUGUGUUUCUUCAAGGCCUCCUCGCUGCGCCGGCACGCCCGUUCCCACACAGGAGAGAAACCUUUUCAAUGCUCCCAGUGCGAGCGCAGCUACUCCCGCUCGGAGGGACUCAAGAGACACAUGAGAAAGCACACAGGAGAACGGCCGCACAAGUGUAUCGUCUGCAGCAAAGACUUUUACACCCGUCAGGAUCUGACCCUCCACAAGCUGACUCACUCAGGAGAAAAGCCGCACAUGUGCCCUGUGUGCGGGAAAUGCUUCUCGCAGCUGGGCAACUUGAGGGACCAUGAGCAGAACGUCCAUAUUAGGUCAGAGAAAUAUAUUUGCAACGAGUGCGGGGCGUCGUUCAACAGAUACAACUCCAUGACGAAACACCAGCGCCUUCACACGGGAGAAAAACCGUACGAGUGCCUCACAUGCGGCCUCAAGUUCACCUGGAGCCAUUCCCUCAGCAGGCACAGAAGGACUCAUAGCCACAGACAGGCGGCUGGAGAAACCUCAAAGGACCCUGAGGGCUCCACAGGACCGUCUGGGAAUCCAAAGACCUUCAAACUCAAUUAAACUACCCGAGAGAUAAUCCAGCUGCUCUCUGAUUUUAAAGUUUGCUCGCAUGCUUCAACCAUUUGAAGGGAUUUUCUUGGCUCUAGUUAUGUAAUGUAAAUCCUUAUACUGUCCCACUAUGGCGAAAUUCCCUCUCUGCAUUUAACUCCUCCCCUUGGGGAGCAGUAGGCGGCCAUUGUGUGGCACCCAAGGAGCAGGGUGGGGUUAAGGGUCUUGCUCAGGGACCUGUAUCGGAGGCUUUGGGAAUUCAACUCCAACUGCUCUAACCACUUGACCAUCACUCCCCUGAUUAUUUCAGUUUCAGGAUUACUCUACUGAAGCGUAUUACAUUCGCCAAAGAAAAAAAAUAAAAAUCGGACAGCUUAUCUCAUCAUUCCGAGAUAUUUUUUCAUAAUUAUGAGAAACUAAUCUUGUAAUUAUGUGAUCUUAUCUCGUUAUUAUGAGAUAAGAUCUCGUUAUUAGAUACCUGGGAUAACCCUGGGAUUACUACAAGUGGAGGAAGCAUGCAGCCAUUUAAAAAUUACGCCAAAAUCCUUCAACGGCUCCAUUAAUCCAGCUUCCGUUUGGUUUUAGUUUUUCCAUAUGAAUCGACAGGCUGCAUGAAGCUGGGAGCUGGUCGUUUUACACGAUUCUGAAACCUCAGCUGUUCUCCUUGAGGAUCUAGGAUUUUUAAAAAGGUACCAAACAGUUCUUUGGGUCGCCACCAUGUCGGCUGGAAUGCGUUUCAGAUGCAUUAAAUCUAAGUAUUUCUCAGGAUACCUAAAAGGAAAUAAAAGCAGAUUAAAUCCCACAACACGCUCAUUGUUCAGGUUUCACAUAGCAUAUUCCUUCCUGAUCUCCUAAACAUGACAUCUCGUAAUUAUGAGAUCAGGAUCUCAUAAUUACGAGAUACUGAUGUUUUAAUAAUGAGAUAAUCUGUCAGAUUUAUUUUUUCUCAUUAGUGAAUGUAAUUCUCUCCCAUAUAUCUGUUUUCAGGUCAGAAGAACCAAACAGUUUUGUUUGUUGCAUCCAAUGGAAGAAGCACUAGAAUAAUGCAGUUGAAUGCGUUGUUGAGUCGUAUUGAGAAGGAACUCGCUGAUCUACUCUUUAUUUCUGCAGGAACAUAUAUUGUAGGGCUGCAGUGAAGGACUUGUUUGCUUUAUUCUGUUAUAAACUGUCGGUUUCAGCGAAAAGUUAUAAACAAAGUGUGAUUUACAGUUAUAGGAAUUAUGAAAGCUUUCAAUAAAAAUGUCCUGAAGCAUUUUA